ACCACCACCCCUCCGGAUCGGAAUGGUUUAACCCGCCCAGAGUGAGAAAGACGGGCAGCACAAAGGAAGCUGCUGGGUUCGGAGGGAGCGAUAAUUGGGCGCAUGAUGUAAACAUGAAAUAAAAAAAAAAGAAAAAAGAGGGGAAGAAACCGCAAGGCUGCUUUCUCUAUUUCCCCCCUCCAUCGCGGUAGUCCAUUAUCGGGGUUUAAUAUUACAUGAGGUGCUGGCCAACAACCGCGCGUCUGUCUGGACAUCGCAGUGAGAAAUAGAAGCCAAGAGUGCAGGAGAGGAAAGAAGGAGUUGAGCAUUGUUUCAUCUUCGCUUCAGGGGUUUUUCUUUCUUUCUUUUUUUUCUGGAGUUGUUUCUGGACCGAACCUCUCCGAUGUUUUCAAGCUGAAGAUUUUCUUUGCUGAUUUUUUUAAUUUUAAAUCCCAUCUUCUGGACUCGGGGAUGACAAAGGAAAAAACACGCCAAUAUGUUGCGUUUCUGAGAGAGAAACGUCUCCAUGGGUGAAGUCCACUGAUCCAGAAAUCCCUUCACAUCCUCUCCACCCCUGACCCCUGCCCUCCUCUUUCUCCCUAAACCUCCCCCUCUCCACUUCAGCCAUCAUGACGUCCACCAGUCGGCUGUUGGGUUUGGCUGAGGUGGGGCUGAAGUGUGACCAGGAGAUUGAGAGGAGAUAUGAGAUUGUGCCCUCGGUGGUCUGCUCCAUGUGCUGCCUCUUUGGAAUCAUCUAUUGCUUCUUUGGCUAUCGAUGCUUCAAGGCCGUAUUGUUCCUCACAGGACUAAUGUUUGGCUCAGUGGUCAUCUUCAUGCUGUGCUACAAGGAGAGGGUGAUGGACACUCAGCUGAGUGUGGAGGCGUCCGUCGGCAUCGGCCUCGGUAUCGGGACCUUGUGUGGCCUGGUGACCAUGUUGGUUCGCAGUGUGGGUCUGUUCAUGGUGGGCCUGCUGCUGGGCCUGCUGGUCGGAGUGGCGUCACUGGUGGUCAUGGAGGAGUUCUACCACCCCAAAACAGUAUGGGUUCCUUUGGGCAUUCUCUUGGGUUCUGGGACGCUAUUUGCCGUCCUCACUCUACAGUGGCAGCGCUGCUUUGUCACCUUCUCGACCGCCACGUUCGGCUCUGCCAUCAUCACUGUCACCGUGGAUUAUUUUAUAGAGCUGUUCGCCUUGGUGCACUACGUCUAUGAGAGACUCAGGGUGGCCCCAAAGAGGCCGGUGUGCUGGUUUACUUGGGUCAUCUUGGGUGUGUGGCCUGUUCUGGCGCUGCUCGGAGUGCUGAUCCAGUGGAAAGUCACUGCAGAGGGAUUUUCUCACACAGAAGUGGUCUUGAGCCGGCAGCAGCGGCGGGUCCAGCUCAUGCGGAUCCGGCAGAGGGAAGAGAGGCUGAAAAAGGAGAAGGAGAACAAGAAGAAGAAAAAACGACAGAGCCAGAAGACCGGCCACAAGCAGAAGGCCCACACCCAUCACCACCACCACCAGCAGUACCACCACCCGGCGGCGUCCCACCCACAUCACCAAACCCAGAGCUCCCAGCCGCCUAAAGUCCCUCCUCCACCUCCUCAGACUGAACCCGGAUACCACCGCAAGGCCAAUCCGAAGAGACGCUUUGAUGGAGAUGUGUUGUCACCGAGCUACAUCCGGAGCUUCAGAGACAGACAGACUGACAGACGGGCAUACUCCCAGAGCCGAAUGAUGAGCCGCUCUCGGAUGGCUGAACUCGACUACGACUGCGGCUCUCAAGUACCCCUCACGGCCCCCACUGGACCCCCAGUUCGUAUCUGAGGCAGUGACUUUGGACAAAUCCACACACAAUCCAAGUCUACUUCAAAACUUCUAGUCACAGUGAAGGACAGAAAACCCAACCUUGCCGUGCCAACCCAGUCAACUGCCUGUUAACCCAGCUGGAGCUCAGUACGUCCCAAAGGUGGUUCGACCCACACUGGUUUUCCUCCUCUCAGACCUGUUGUAUUUAUUUGUCCACUUACGUCUCGUUUUGCUCUUUUUGAAUAUCAAGAUAUCAGAAGGGUGAAUUUUCUUUGAGAAGGAGCAACAAAAAUGAGUCAUCACGUAUUGUUUUUGGCUUUUCUGGUACUGUAUUCAUCCAAAGGACGCUGGAAAACUUGUCCUAUGUGGAAUUAAGUAAACUGCCUCUGCUUAACAUUUGGUUUAAAGAUUUUUUUUUGGUUUGCUUCAAGUUAUAAGAAGUAAUUUCCUGUGGGAGUGCAGUAGGAAGGGAAAAAAAAAUCAAAACCACUGCUCUCUACAGGAGUGCCACACCAUUUCAGAUAAAAGUACAUAACAGGACUUUCAUGGAGUGGAGGUAAAACUACUUUUAAUCAACUUUCACUGGUUUCUGCUUCGAAGGUAAUUAGAGGAGAAAACUUUAAUGAUUCUGUUAUGAGGAAAAUGACACAUAAAGAACACAAAAAACACACUGAAACUCAAAGGCAGCUCCUUAUUGUUUAGUUUUUUUUCACGCUGAAAGGUCUCCAUGUGAAGCAGAAUAUUCCUGAAAUCAGCAUUUUGUCUUCACUGAUGGCCUGUAAAUCCGGACAUGGCAGCACAACAUUCAGAACGGGGACCAGUUUUCGGAGUGAGCUGGACACAGCAGUUCACACCAAAGACAAUUCUUUGCGUUGUUUCUUAGGAGUUAAUGUGUCAUUGCCUGUAUUGUUGCCAUUUUUCCAGGAGAAUGCGCGUUACAUCUUGUCACUUUUCCUUGUCUCCUUAAUCGCCAACUGUUACAACUGUGGUUCUGAGCAGGAGGCACAUCCCUCCCCGCUUUUUUCCUCUUUCCGCUAAAUUUAAAAUGUUUGUGUAAGCUAUGUAGUUCUACUUGUCGACAUGUCUCUAAGUGCUCUCACGUCCCUCUUCUGCCUCUUAUUCCCAAAACAAUUUACUUUUGCAGGUUGUGUCAGCUGUUGAAAUAUUCUCUUAAGGCACAAAGCUAUCAAAUACUGCCAUACAGGAAUUUGACUGUUGUCAUGAAAUCUGUUUGACAGUUUGGAGAGGUCAACACGUGACAGGGAAAAUGGUUAAAAAAAAAAAAAAAAAAAAAAAAGGGUGUUUUUGUGUGAGAGUGGACAUGUGAGCCCUGUGGCAAGUGAUGGAUUGUACCAACUGCUGGCCAAGGAGAGGGGGAUCCAUUGUAGUGUCCGCAGAACAUGCAGUUUAUUCCCUCUUUUUGAGCCAGUAUAGUAGUCCAGUUAAAAAUGUUCAUUCUUUUUAGUCUGGACAAAGUGUUAAAUAAUGAAAAUGAGGAGUUUUAAAAAGAAGAUCAUCUCCUGUAAAAGAUAAGACAGUGAGAAGAUGAAAGCACUUGCAAAUGGCGCCCUCUAAUGUUUACUGCUGGACCUUUUUUUUCUGGAAUUUCUCUGUGUGUUUACAUGCAUUUGUGUGUCAGUUGCUUUGAAAUUCAAAUGUGGUCCUUACACUGAUAUUGUUGUACUAAACAUCCAGAAAGGAAAGGGAGUCUGUAUAGGAGGUAUUUGUACUACAGUGCACUUUUUUUUUUUUUUUUAAAACCUCUAUGGAACUGUGAACACCAAUACUACCAAUGUCAGAAUUCCCAUAGAGGCAAAAUAUGGCUACAAAAAGCCACAAAUGACAGAGCCAAUGGUAGAAAAGCGAAGAAAUGUAUUGAAAUUCCACACCAGAAUGGCUACUAGAAUUGUGCGCUCUAUGUGCUUUUAGUAGACUUUUAUUUCUGAGGUUCAGACCAACAAAACAACGCUACUGUACUUAAAUACUGAAGUACCACUGAACAGUGAGUUGUGCUGGAAUUGAGAAGGACUUGCAGCUCUUUGAAAGUGGUGGAUCAAUCAAUUGCAUCAUAACUGUAACUGCAUGAAUCCUUCCAGUGUGUCACUGUUGUCAAAGUUUACUUUAUUGGUCCUGAGGUACAUAAAACACUUGUAGAAAUACAUCCUCUUCUCUUCUCUUCUCUUCAGCUUAUCCAGAUAAAGGGCUUGAAAAAGGCAUUUGGCUCAUUUCCCUCUUUCUGACAUGUAUUAUGCUAAGUCACCUUCUGUCCUGCUGUAUAGUGUUUCGCAGUAGUGGCUGUUCUGGUCUCCUUUUUGUGUUUUUUAACUGUAGUGCAGUUCUAACAUCGCCAGUCUUUACUUGGAAAUGAAAUGUCAGUUCUAAACAUCGGCCCCUCUCUUGCUUGUAAUUUGGGGACAAACUUUAAUAAUUCUUUCACUGAUCUUCUUUUCAUUUGCUUUGUCUUAUUUCUAAUAUUUUCUGUGAUUACCUGUCACUGCUCAAAUAUUUGUCGGGGAAACCUUUUGAUUGUAGAUAUUGACCUGUAAAUAAUUUUUAAAUGUACAAAUUGUUUGGUUUCAUUUCCAUGUUUACACCACGUAUGUAAUUUAUGCAGCUGAUUAUUUUCAAAUGGAGUAGCCCUGCUAUAUUGUGAUACUACUGUAUGUCCGGUUGGUUUGAUUUGACUGGGUGGUUGAUGCACUUUUCAUCCUGGUGUUUCAACAGUUGAUGUUGAAAAUCACUAAACUGAGCCUUGACUCUGAUUCAUCAUUGUCCUGCCACCCACUCUAAAUUUGUACAAAUCACCUUAUUAUUAUUAUUAUUAUUAUUAUUGAGCAUGGAUUUAUAUGGACCUAACAUAUGAUAAACAUUGUGCUUCUACAA